ACGAUUCCAAUGCCGCCAGAAGGAUGGCUGACGAACUUUCUGAUGAACACCCAAGAGUUUCCUCCUGGUUUCCUUUCAGAUAAGAACCAGCAAGGUCAACAGAAGCCACCGGAUCAACGUUCACCGGCUGCAGAAGGAACUACUGCUGCUGGGCCUGGAACUUCUGUGCACACCAACAUGAGAGAUUUGAAAGACUCCAAACUGGAGAGGAAUGAAAUGGAUCUUGGAGAACCAGAAUCUGAAUAUAAGUUCAUGCAACCUUUCUUGUGUGCUGAUGAUGAUGAAAAUGCUAAUGAAGAAGGCAUUCGAUUGAUUGAAGGACAUGAUGAAGCGCACUAUCCUCGAGCAACCUACCAUGCAAUACAACCAGUUAGAAGUCUGAAAAUGGGCAGAAACAAGAUGCAGUGCUGCCAUUUCUCAUCGAACGGCAAGUCGUUGGUCACCUCGGGAUAUGAGAAGAAGGUCGGGAUCUGGAAGACACACGGUUAUAGUUUCUUUUUUAUAAAGACACACGAUUAUAGUUACACAUGGACUUCAGCUGGACAUUCAGACCUCGUCACGGAUAUUCGUUUCCAACCAAGUACAACUGUCUUUGCCACAUCGUCCUUUGAUAAGACCGUCCAAAUAUGGGAUGCAGAAACACCAAGCAGGUCACUCUCCCAGCUCCAUGGACAUGGCGAGCAGGUACUUUCACUCGAUUUCCACCCAAGACAGAUCGAUCGUCUUUGCUCAAGUGACCGCAAUGGCAAGAUUCGAUUGUGGAAUGUGAGCCAAGCUCGUCCUCUUAAAGUUUCCAAGGGAGCUACGGCGCAAGUCAGAUUCCAGCCCCAAUCAGGAAAGUUACUAGCUCUCGCGUCUGGGAAUACUGUCUCCAUAGUUGACUCGGAGACUUACGCUAUCCAAUUCACCUUGAAGGACCAUGUAAACGACGUUCGGUCCAUCUGCUGGGAUUCUACCGGGGAGCACAUUGCUUCUGUGAGCGAAGAGAGCGCCCGAGUUUGGUCGCUAGCCGGCGGCGGGAAGUGUAUGCACAAGCUGAUGUCGCAUGGCAGUAACUUCCACUCCUGCAGUUUUCAUCCUCGCGUUUCGCAAGCCCUGUUGGUUGGUGGUUACAAGAAACUUGUGUACUGGAGUGCUAAUCAGAGGUGGUCGACUGAAGCUCACAAAGGGAUCAUAGCUGCAAUGGCGAGUUCUCAGACAACCGGAUUGAUAGCGUCUGCAAGCCAUGAUGGGUCUGUCAAGCUCUGGAAGUGAGGACUAAUUUUUGACAAUGGAUUUUUCUCCUGAACAUGGGAGUUCUAUACAAUUCAUACAGCAGCUGACAAUUAGAGCUACAGAAACAUUUUUUGACCAAUCUAUAGAGUUGAGCAGCAACAGGCAGUUACUGUUUUUUUUUUUUUUUUUUUGUUCUGCACAUUCCUGGAUUCUUGUUGAACAUUUUUCUGCUGGUGUUCCCUAAACUGGGGUUACAUCCGAACAAUCUCUGCUGUUA